CAAGUAUUGUAAUUUUAAUUAUUUUUAUAUUGGCGUCGUUUAAAUAACGAUAAGUCAUGUUUUUUUCUUCGUUUCUUAUUUAUAAGUAUAUAUUUUAAGCUACACACGGAUACUUAAUAGCAUGUACGUAUUGUUAUGCUAAAAAUUAUAUACGUAUAUUGCGCAAAAUUGAAGAUGAAAUUAAUUAAAAAAUUAUAUUGCGCAAAAUUUAAGAUGAAAAUGAAAAUCCCUUAAGUAAAUACGUGUACAAAAUGAACAUCUCUGCGCGCAUAAAGAGAAAGAUAAUAAUUUUUUCUUUUAUCGUUAAAUCGAAUAAUUAUAUGUAUAUGCAUUUCGUAUUUUUUUUCUCGAUGCGAUCUAAAAUUCAGAAUUGUUUGUAAUUUCAAAUCGAAUCAAUAUACUUUUCUCUCAUAAGUAAAACAUUGCGAUACGUCAAAUCUUAAUAAUAAAUCUCAAUGAUCAUGAGACUAUCGACAACUUUGAAGAUAUUUAUAAGCCAUGAUCAUUUUUCAAGCAAACUAUAUUAUUUUGUAAUGAAUGAAUCACCAUUACAAAAUCUAUGCCACGGAGUUCUUGAUACGAAUAUAUGCAUAUAAGUAAAUGAAAAAAAUAUAUGAUACAUAUAUAAUUUCAGUAAAUGCAUAGCAUUAUUGAUUGUUACACCUUACACGUGUAUCGAUACAAAAUUUCAUGUUUAUUUAAUUUAUUUUAAUUUUAUUUAAAAUUAUAUUGUGUCACAAUUGUGCACAAUUUUUUUUGUCAUUUACAUUUGCAUUACAUUGUCAAUUACAUUAAUACCAACAAUUGUUUGCAUUAUGCAUAAUUAUCAAAAUCCAUAGAUAAAUCGAAUGAUACAAUAAAUACACUUUAACGUCGUUGAAUUAGAGGAAUAAUGUUUUUUUUUUUUUUUUUUUUGAGAAAAACAAUCAAAUGAUAAAGACGAUACAAACGACUUAAAGAACGUGAUAAAUGGGUACAGAAAAAGAAAGAUGAUAUCACGUCUUUAUCCACUCGAUGAUAUUCGUCUCAGGUAUUUAUCGCCAUUUUGCAGAAAAUAAAGUGUUAGGUAACUCGUUUACUGUUAAAAAAUUGAUCGACGACAACUGGCAAGAUUUAUGAGCUCGUAAAUUUCAUAUUUGCUUAUCUUUUAUAACCAGAAUUGAAUUAAAUGCACAGAGAGAAUCAUAAAACGAACUAUUAAAUACAUGAUUUUUUAAACGUUUAUAUUAUGUACGUUUAUUUUUUCUACGAUCUUUUAUUAUUAAAUCUGAAAAAGAUAUAUUUGUUUGUUCUAUCAUGUUGAUAUAUAUGAAAUUUCGUUUCUUUGGAACAUUUAAUGAACUAAUACCAUUCGUUUUAUUUUAUUCAAUAUCGAUAAUAUACAUAUUUUACAAAAUAUGUUGUAAAAUUAGAAAUUUUUUUAUUAAAAAGUGCAAUACGAUAAUUGAUAAUUUUUACAACUUUUGAAUAAUGAAUAAUUUAACUAAAAUGUUUCGAAAAAACACUAUGUUUAUAUUUUAAAAAGUCUUGGAACAAUUAUUUUGUUCGUCAUUUCUUCAAAAUUGGAAAAAAUUGAAUAGUAGAGAAAAGAAUUUGACAUUUUGUAUAAUAAAAUAACGAUUUUAUCCUAAGAUUUAGUCGUCAAUUAAUUAAAGAAUUAUUUAAAUAUCAUAUACACCAACUCAAUAGAAAAAAAAAUUCUCCAAUUUAUAUUUAAAAUGUCACGUAAUAUCCGCAACAAAUUCAACUACUCCGACUUUACUACAUUUUCCAAGAACUUUUAACGAAGACCAAUCUUCUUCUUCCACGCUCGAGUUUGUUGUAAAUUCACCAAAGAUAUCCCUCCACUUGUAAUAAACGUAACGAAGCGUAAGAAUCGCGCAAUCGCACCACUUUGAAGAAACAGCGAUUAACAUCAAUCUUGUCAAAAUUUGUUUAUUCCAUUAAAACAAACAGGAACAGACGAGAAGCAAGAUGAACAUGUAGAAACUAAUUAUUGGACCCAUUAUAAUCCAGUAAUAAAAUUUGAUAACAAUCGUCUCGAUUAAAUACGUAAAUAAAAAAAAGUUGAAUGAAAUCGAGCUAUUUCUCGCAAUUAUCUUCUAUAUAUAACGAUAUAUAUUUAUCACGGUUUAAUAUUGUAAGUAGUCGGGCGACGUCAGAGAGCGCCGAUACAGAAAGAUUAGAUACGUGAAUCGACCUAAAUAUCUCGUCUCGUCGUGGUGCACGAUAUCGGCGAAACACCGUGUUAUAGAGAAAAAAAGAGAGGAAAAGGAAGAAAAGGAGGAAAGGAAGGUCCACGCGUGGGAGAUGAAUGGUACAGCUAUUUCAGGAGCGGCCUGUUCUAGGUCAAGAACGCGAACGCGGCGAAGAGAAUGCUUCACAUUCGACGAACGAGGAAGAAGAUUCGAAUAUUCAAACUUCGAACAUUGCGCGUUACGAAUCGAAUCGUCGUGUCAUUCGUCCACGUAUUGGCGAUCGAUUUCGCGGCGAUAUCGAAUCAGAUAUCGCGGGGACCAUUCACUGCGCCGAGAGCCAAUCUUGUUUAUCGAGAUAUCAACACGCAUAAGAUAUAAGAAGAUCGGGCAAACGGCAGCCAGUGUUGUGCUGAAUCUUGGUUUCGAUGGUCACACGAAACGAUCCUCCUAAGUGAAUCGUUACUUAUUAAUUUUCAAUUUAGAUACAAGCGCGAAGCAGACAUGCGGAUUUGGGUAUUGUUAACCAUUUUACUGGUCUUCACGAUUCUCGCAUCAGACGUAUUCGCGAGGAAGGCUGGCAAGGAGGUGGAAUCGAAGAAAAGGCACGAGAAAAAGAAGAGGGAUGUAGAAUAUUCGAAGGAAGAGAGGUGGAAGGAUGGAGAGAGGAAAAAGUUGCAAUCGAGCAAAAGAAAGAACAGCGCAUCCGACGAGAAGAAUGUGGAAAAUUAUUCCGAGAAUCUGGUCGAAACGAAGGAGGAAUCGGGGAAGGGUCACAAGUCGAGGAACAAGAAAUUGAAGGAGAAGGAAAAUAUCGACUUUAAGAGCAAGUCUAGCUACGAAUCCCCGAAGGGAAAGUCUAAGAAGAAGAGCAAAUAUUCUGAGGCAUCGCAGACCGUUCACGAAAAGGGUUCGAAGAAGUUGAAAGACGAGAAAGUGAAAGAGGAAACGGUCGAGGAGCGAAACAAUGUGAAGAAUGAGAAGAAAUCGAAGGAUAAAAAUGUGGACAAGUCUGAGAAGGUAAAGAGAGAUGGCAAGAGGAAGAAGCUUCAGAAAAAGGAAAAGGAAGUGACGGUGGAGGAAUUGGAGAAGGAAUUGGUGGAAGUAGAAGAGACAGAGAAGACUAAAACGAAAUCGAAAAAGAGCAAGAAGAAGCCCGAAAAAGGUAAUCACGAGAAGAAUAGGAAGAAACGAGAGGUACCAAAGAAAAGAAAAGAAGAAGAGGUGGGGACGGAAAUAGUGAUACCUGAAGAGGAGAUCUCAGAAGUGGACACGGUAGCCGAAAAAAGUUGUUCGAUAACAAAAGAGAUUCAAGACGAAGAAAUGCGAGAGGAUUGUGGGGAUGAGAAGUGCAACGAAGCGUGAAAAAUUUGUAAUCUGAAAACAUUAUGAAUCAUCUUUAAUUAAUGAUUCAAAGAUAUAUCGAAAAGAUUGGUAUUGAUAUUGCAGCCCGAUACAAUUUCUCGAGUCAUCCAUGAUGAUAAGCUAAUGAUUUCACGCAUUAUACGAAAUUUCAUUUAUUUAAUCUCUAUGCAUAUCAAAUACUUGUUACAUUAUUUACAAAUUUUUCGACAAUAAACCGUCUUAAUUUUACCCACUUGCUUGGAGCGCGGUUGAUAUAAAUAUACUGUUAAUUUUCGAUAGAUAUACAUACGCAAAUAAAUAUUUUUAUAAAUUGUCCUUAGAAUCUUACUCAGAAA